CCUCUCCCCAAUUUUUCCAUUCAGCUCAGAAACCUCGCCCCUCAUUUUCACCCAUUUUUCCUCUCCUCUCUCUUCACGAUCUCUCUUUCUCUCUCCUCUAAACAAUGGCCGAUCAACUCAGCGACGAUCAGAUCUCUGAAUUUAAGGAAGCCUUCAGCCUAUUUGACAAAGAUGGAGAUGGCUGUAUCACCACCAAGGAACUUGGAACAGUGAUGCGUUCGCUUGGACAAAACCCAACUGAAGCAGAGCUCCAGGACAUGAUAAAUGAAGUCGAUGCUGAUGGAAAUGGAACAAUCGACUUCCCCGAAUUCCUCAAUCUGAUGGCGAGGAAGAUGAAGGACACCGACUCAGAGGAGGAGCUGAAGGAAGCUUUCCGAGUUUUUGACAAGGAUCAAAAUGGUUUUAUUUCUGCAGCCGAGCUUCGCCACGUGAUGACGAACCUUGGUGAAAAGCUGACAGAUGAAGAAGUUGACGAGAUGAUCCGUGAGGCUGAUGUGGAUGGUGAUGGUCAGAUCAACUAUGAGGAAUUCGUCAAGGUUAUGAUGGCCAAGAAGAGAAAAAUGAAUGUAGAAGUGAAUCGAAAGCAAAUAGCCAAACAACAAAAGCCAAAGCGUCGAUGGAGGAACCGAUGUAAAUCAUGGCUUUGUUCCAACAAUGAAUAAAGAGGCCGAAGAAUGAGUUGGAAGACAAGAGUAUCGAUGAUUCAAGUUGAAGAAACCGUGUUGCAAUGGAUACAGGGGCAAAAAUAACCAUCCUUGUGAGCAUUUCGCGGCGAGAUCAACACGAACUAUAAGUAUGCAGUUGGGUUGCUGUAUUGAUAUCGCAAAUUCUUCCUAGCUCAUUUUAGCUUCUUUUUACCUCUUUUAUUCACCGGUGUCAAACUUUAACCUUCA